AUGCGUUUCGCAAGCGUCGUGGUCUCCGUGCUGGCGUUGGCCGGCACGGGUGCAGCCAAAGUCUCCCGACGUGCCGUCAGCAACGAGGAGGAUGUUCGUCCGUCCAACGACACCGUCGUCGCGCCCAAGAAGUUCAUCAUCGAGCUCGACCAGGCGGCCGACAAGGACGCCGUGGUCCGGCAGCUCCAGGCGCGCCCCGGCAGCAGGGUGCUCAAGGUGUUCGACUCGGCCGUGUUCCGGGGCGUCGCCGUCGAGUCGGACAGCGAGAACACGGACUCGCUCGAGGCGCUCGCGCCCGUCGUCAAGGCGUGGCACUCGACGCGCGUGCAGCUGGCGCCCGUGGUGGCGGGCGAGUCGUUCAGCGACGACGCGCGCGCGCCGGACUACGCGAUCCACUGGAUGACGGGCGUCGACAAGCUUCACGAGCAGGGGAUUCUGGGUAAGGGCGUCAAGGUCGGCGUCGUGGACACGGGCGUCGAGUAUACCCAUCCAGCUCUUGGAGGCUGCUUCGGAGCGGGUUGCAAGAUUGCCGGCGGUUAUGACUUUGUCGGCGACAACACCUACUGGCCCUAUCCUGGCGAGGAGAGGCAACCCGACGAGGACCCCAUGGACUCUGUCGGCCACGGAACGCACGUCACCGGUAUCAUUGCCGGGAAGAGCGCCGAAUUCACAGGAGUCGCCCCUGAAGCGACCAUCUACUCUUACAAGGUCUUUGGCCCGAAUGAGGGCACCGGCGAAGAGGUCCUGAUCGAGGCCUUCCUCCGCGCCUUCGACGACGGCGUUGACAUCAUCACGGCCUCAGUCGGCUCCACCGGCGGCUGGUCCGACAACGCCUGGGCCCUCGUCGCCUCCCGCAUCGUCGAGCAGGGCGUUGUCGUCACCAUCGCCGCCGGCAACUCGGGCGACGUCGGUCCCUUCUUCGCCAGCAGCGGCGCCGCCGGAACGAACGUCCUCGCCGUGGGCUCCGCCGACACCUACGUCGUCUCGGCCCGCCAGUUCGCCGGCACCUUCACCCUCGACGGCCACUCCAACCGCACCAUCCUCGGCUAUCGUCCAGCCGAGGAGCUUUUCCCGCCCGAGAUCGUCGGCUGGCCUAUCGUACCCGUGACCCUGAACCUCACCGUCGAGAACGACGCGUGCGAGCCGCUGCCCGAGGGCCUCAACUUCACGGGCGUAAUCCCCCUCGUGCGCUUCGACGAGGGGUGCCAGGACCACAUCCGGCAGCGCUGGGUCCAGGAGCGCGGCGCCCGCUUCAUGCUCUUCUACCUCACCGACCGACCCGUCGUCGGCUUCUCCGGCUCCGGCUGGGCGCAGAGCGAUUGGGGCCUGCUCUCCAAGGACGCCGGCGAGGCCAUCGUCAAGACCGUCCUCGCCGGCGGCACCGUCACGGCCGACUUCUCCCUCGACCAGACCAGCAACUACGUCGCCAUGUACAACGCCGGCGGCGGCCGGCCCUCCGUCUUCACCUCCUGGGGCGGCACCUUCGACCUCGAGCUGAAGCCCGACAUCACGGCGCCCGGCGGCCGCAUCUUUGCCCCCUUCGUCGGCCUCGGCUACCGCGACAGCUCGGGGACGUCCAUGGCCUGCCCCUACGUCGCCGGCGUCGCCGCCCUGUACAUCGCCGCCCACGGCGGUCGCUCCGUCCACGGCGCCGGCUUCGCAAAGGCCCUGCACGCCCGCAUCGUCGCCUCGGGCCGCGCCGUCCCCUGGUCCGACGGCACCACCAAGGACUUCGGCUUCUGGGCCCCGCCCCUGCAGGUCGGCAGCGGCCUGGUCGACGCCGUCGCCGUCCUCGGCGCGACGUCGCAGCUCUCGGGCGAGACCAAGUUCGCGCUCAACGACACGCACCACUUCUCGCGGUACCACCAGGUCGACAUCACCAACACGGGCGCCACGGAGCUCGAGUACGUCUUCACCGUGCAGGACGCCGGCGGCUUCGAGUCGUACUGGACCGCCGAGGCCGGGGCCGCCGCGGGGGUCUACGCCGCGCCCCGUAUCAAGGAUCUCGUCGAGAUCGAGCCGUUCCGGAUCGGCGUCCCCGUCAGCGUGCCCUCCGGCACGUUCAAGAUCGCGCCUGGCCAGACCAAGACUGCGAAGUUCUCUUUCGACAUCCCCAAGGGCAUUGAAGCUUCGAAGCUCCCUGUAUUCAGCGGCAAGAUCCUCAUCGGCUCCAGUGCUGGCGACGUGCUCUCGGUACCUUACUAUGGCGUCGGCGGGAGCGUCAAGCACGAAAUCGCCGACAUGUUUUACCGGUCGGUGGGAUACCCCCGCGUCAUCUCCGGCGUCAACCGCACGUUGCUCUCCGAGAAGUCGAGCUUCACCUUCGACCUCUCCCUCGACAAACAAGACUUUGUCAAGCUCAGCGUCGCCCUGACCUGGGGCACUCGUCAGCUGCGCUGGGAUAUAUUCGAGCCCACCUACCAGGAGCGCGAGUGGACGUACCCCCCGAUCGUCGGCGAGAACAAGUACAUCGGCUCCGUCGCCAGCUUCAACGUCUACAACAGCGUCAACUACCCCGUCUUCGACCCGGCCACCGACAGCGUCAACAACACCUUCUCCUACCCGCUGCAGGACCAGCCCCGCGACUCGCCCUACGAGUCGUGGUGGCUCGGCAAGCUGGCGGACGGGAGCCAGAUCAAGCCCGGGAAAUACAAGUGGCGCAUCGCCGCCCUAAAGCCGUUUGGCAACCCCAAGGCGUCGGACAACUGGGAGAUUUACGAGACCCCCUUAAUCGAGGUCCUGCCGCUCACCGGAGGCAGCAACUCUACGGCUGCUCUCCGUCGUCACUAA